AUGUUUCAUACACUGGGCUUAACAAUAGAAAAUAGAAUGACUGAAGCAAGAAAAUUGUACGAAUCCUUAAGCUUGGUGGGAUCUGUUUCGUUAGCAGUCUCAUUGCCAUGGAUAAUAUUUAGAGUUUUCAAAGCUUUAUAUUUGCAAAAAGGAUUGAACGAAUUAUUUGGAAAGGUGGUGGUAAUUACCGGAUCUAGUUCAGGAUUAGGGGAGGCAUUAGCUCACGAAUUCUAUAAACAGGGAUGUCAAGUAGUAUUAUGUGCAAGGCGUAGACAGGAAUUAGAAAGAGUCAGAACAGAUUUGCUACAUUCACACAGUACAGUGCCCACUCACCCUCCUAUUAUUAUACCUCUUGAUCUAAGUGAAAUUGACAAAUUGGAAGAACAAGUAAAGAAAAUUGUAUCUAUCACUGGUAAAAUAGAUAUUCUUAUUAACAAUGGUGGAAUUUCUCAUAGAGGUAGUGUACUAUCUACCCAAAAUGAUGUUGACAUGAAGAUAAUGAUGGUUAACUACUUUGGAACCAUUGCUUUGACAAAAGCUGUACUUCCUGAUAUGAUGAAGAGAAAAGAAGGACAUAUAAUUUUCAUUAGUUCCAUUCAAGGACUUGUCGCUUUACCUGAAAGAUCAGCCUAUAGCGCAUCAAAGCAUGCAUUGCAAGCUUUCAGUGAUAGUUUAAGAGCCGAAGUAGCUUCUAGUAAUAUAUCCAUCACUGUUGUAAGUCCGGGAUAUAUUAAAACAAAUCUUUCUUUGAAUGCUCUAACUGGUACUGGUGAAAGUUAUGGUCAUAUGGAUCCUACAACAGAAAAAGGCCUCCCUCCUGAAUAUGUAGCUGCAAAAAUAGUCAAAGCUGUUGCAGAAAAGAAGAAAGAGCUCAUUAUAUCAACCCUCUUACCAAAAUUUGCUAUUUUUCUAAGAAAAUGUUUACCUUCUCUCUAUUUUUUAAUCAUGGCUAAAAGAGCACAAAAAUGCAGUAUCAAAAAGUAAAUUCCUUAUUUUUAUAAAUAUUUAUUAAUCAAAUAAAUGUUAUGACCUCAAUUUUUCUCAUUAUUCCAAGAAAUUAUACAGAUUAUAAAAACAUCGG